CAAUUCGUGAUGGCCACCCGCCAUUAAGUAAAAACGUGUCCGCAGAAGAAAAACAAUUUCAAACGUUUUUGUUGACGAAACUGUCAAAAAUAUUGCUGGUUUCGCUGCGGAAAACAAAAAUACAGUGAAAGCAUAUGAUUUCCACUCAAUUGCGAAGUGAUAAGAUUUGAUAAAGCAACACCAAGGAGAGCAACAAAAGAACAGAAACUAAAGAAACACAACUGAAAGUCAAUAAUAAUAGGAAGACAAGAAACAAAAUAAAUUUAUUAAGAAUAAAGAUGAACUGAAAUGUGCAAAUUUGAUCAACGUAAUUAUGCCAAUUCACAUAAUUUUUUCGAUUUCAACGUGAAAAAUGUCGUCGACACAAUUGCUGCACUCGUUAUUGUUGUUGCUACCACUGCGUUGUCGUCGUAAUUGCAAUAAACUAAUCUCUUUGGCCCUGUUGGUCCUCUCAGCGCUGUUUGCAUACCACGAGCAACGACAGCAGCAGCAACAGACGGCAGCAGAGGCAGAGGCGGCGGACGACGACGGCAGAAGCAGCAACAGCAGCAGCAGCUGCAGCUGCAGCAGCGGCGGAGGAAGCGGCCCAGCAGUAGCAACAMAUACUACACAAACAACAACAACAGCAGCAACAGCUAGAAGUUAUCCAACAGUUACGUUGGACACGCCUUUGUACACAGCAGUCGCAACUGGCGCGGCCGUGAUCGAACGGCGUACGAACAAAAAAGCCGCCAACAGCAACCGGAGCCGGGACGUGGGUACGGGCACAGGCACGGGCACGGAAACGGAAGCGGGCACAGGGGCUGCGUAUAUUAGCUGGCAGAGCAGCCAUUGCCACCGCAGCCCCGGUGCUCAGUCGGAGGCGCAGGCAGAGCAGUCGGUGCUGCGUUUACCAACCACAACAACAACAAAUAAGACUCGCUCGGCGUUAACGUUGACGUCGAUACAUAAGCUUAAGAGCAGCAUAUCUCCUCCAUCCAUAGACGCUUCAUUUGCGAGGCUAACAACAGUAGCUGCUGCUGCAACAACUAGAACAACGAAUCUGUUGAAAGGCUCGUGCAUAGGAGCAGCAGCACAAGCACCAAUACAAUCACAAGGAGCAACAAAUCGCUGCUGUAGAAAUCGGAAUCAGCCGUUGCCAGUGGUCGUUGCGGGAUCAGCCAUUGGCAGUUGCCACAACCAGGCAUCGAUAGCAACUUAAGAGCCAACGCCACCGCCACCAUCACCCCUCACCCACAACUGCAGUAAUCAGCAAUAAAAUAAUCAGACAACAAACAAUUCCACAAUCAGUUAAUAGCAGCAAAACAACAACGUUCCAUACUACACAAAACAUCCAAAAAUACAAAGAAAGGAGAAGAAGAAGAAGGAGACGAAGUAACAGCCACAAAAUGUCGAAACUAUCAUUUAGAGCACGCCACCUGGAUCCGUCCAAGCAGAUGCCCAUCUACUUGGCGGAGGAGCUGCCCGAUUUGCCCGAGUAUUCGGCCAUUAAUCGCGCCGUGCCACAGAUGCCAAGUGGCAUGGAGAAAGAGGAAGAGUCGGAACAUCAUUUGCAGCGAGCCAUUUGCACUGGCCUCAUCAUACCCACGCCAGAGGUGCUGCAAACGGAUCAGCAGUUCUACGAUGCCUACUAUCCGCCAGACUACAAAAUGCCCCGCCAAAUGAUUCACAUGCAGCCCCUGGGCCUGGACACUGAGGUGCCGGACUAUGACCUGGAUAGCGCGGAUGAGGAAUGGCUGAGCCAACAGCAACGCUUGCAGCUGACCGAGCUGAAGUUCGAACAAAUGAUGGAUCGGCURGAGAAGAGCUCCGGCCAAACUGUCGUCACACUCAAUGAGGCGAAAACGUUGCUCAAUCAGGACGACGAGACUAGCAUAUCAGUGUACGACUACUGGCUGAACAAGCGCCUCAAUAUGCAACAUCCGCUGAUACUCACCGUCAAGACGGAGAGCCGACCGGGGGCGAGUUCCAAUAAUCCCUAUCUGGCGUUUCGACGACGCACUGAGAAGAUGCAAACACGAAAGAAUCGCAAAAACGACGAAGCCUCCUACGAGAAGAUGCUUAAGUUGCGACGCGACCUGCAACGCGCCACAACUAUAUUGGAAAUGGUGCGACGUCGCGAGGAGACAAAGCGAGAUCAUCUGAAGAUGACGGUCAAUAUCUUUGAGAAACGUGUCGAGAUGCGCGACUUUAACGGUGCAGUCUACUCGGAGCUGAAUGCCCAAUAUAAGAACUCGAGACCCGUAUACAAUUCAUUGUAUACGAAUCAAUACUCACAAGGCGCACCGGCGGCUGGCACAACAGCGAGUGGUGCUCUGCUAGCUGGUGGUGUGCUGUCUCCUGGCAUAUUGGCAACGGGAGCAAACAGCAACUCGGCCGUCUAUGGGCAGGCAUCGCAGUACCUGAACACAUCGAGUCUGACUAUGGAGGGCAUCGGCGCUGGCAGUGGCAACGGUAGCAGCAGUCGAAAGGAGAAACGGCCGUAUAAGAAGCGCAAACACAAACUUCCGCGCGACAAGCAGCAGCAACAACACCAGCAGCAACAACAACAACAGCAGCAGCAACAACAGUAUUUGCCGGGCAUGAGCCUGGCGUCUUCAGCGUCGGGCAUUUCACCUGCGCAUCUGCAUCGGCUUAAUCGCCAGAGCUCAUCGCCGGCAGGCAACGACUCAAUUGCGGACAGCGAUGAGGACGACUAUCUUGCUGUCGGCGCACAGAACGGCAACAAGCUGGGCUCCGAGAGCGAGGAGGAGGCGCCGUUUGCAUUUAGACGCAGGCCCAGGUGUAAUUACCUGCGGACGCGUGCCGUUGACGAAGGUCGCUGGCCCUGGGAAGCGCCCGCUGACGAGGAUGCGCCGCCCGGUGCGGCCGGUGGUGUUGACGCUAAAUAUCGUUAUACGCUAACAUCGAUCAACUAUGACAGACCACGUUGCAUAGGCUUUGCGCGCCGGCGUCUGGGUCGCGGCGGACGUGUGCUGCUUGACCGGGCCAGCACUUGUUACGACGACCUGUGGUCCCAGUUCGACUAUACGGUGCUGGACAGUGUUGUGAAGAGCGGCAAGCCCUCGAAGUACGAUCAUAAACAGCAACUGUCCAAGCCCAGCUCCCCGCCAACCGUAGUUGAUCUGCCCACCAGCAAGGCGGAUACGGUAACUGGGGAUGGCAGCGCAACUCCCGAGGCGGUCCUUAAGGUCGAGCCGGCCAGUGAACAGGUGCUGCCCAAGGAGGAGCGGCAGGAGGAUGAGGAGGACAAAGAUGAUGAAGAAGAGGAUGACCUGAGCACAGAGGAUGAGAAUGUGUCGCGUCUGAACAUCUACAGCUCAGCGGUGACGUUGCAACAAAGUCCCUUCGAUAAGCGCAUGAAACGUCGUCGAAUGCAUCGCAAGAAGCAACAAUUGCGGGAGCAGAAUGCCGCGAAGCGUCUGAAGAGCGCUGUGGUGGAUAGCGAGGACGGCGUGGCUAUGGACGAGGAUGCGCCGCGUCUGCUUCCUCUGCCUAGGUCAUAUUUGCAACGCUUGGCACAGGCACUGCAUUCGACGACGACGGCUGCUACGGCGGCAGCGGCAGCGGUAGCGGCAGAGGCAACUGCAGCUGCAGCUGCAACGAAAGCGCAGACGGAAGUGUUAACGGAUGCAAAUGGGAUGAGUUUGGRAAAGCAGCCGCAGCAAGAGCUGGAGGUGAAGCAGGAAGCAUGCGAUGAGCUGAUAGAGCAGUCACGCCAUGCGAAUCAUCAGCACCACCGUUCCAAUAAUAAUAAUAAUAAUAACAACAACAAUACCGUGUUUAAUAAUAACAACAACAACAACAAUAGUAGUAGUAGUAGUAAUAUGAAUAAGAAUGUUAGCAUUAGCGAAAAAUUCAAUGUGAUAAAAGUGGAGGAUGAGGAUGCGGAYGGAGACGAUGGGACAACUCGGAUUGAGCAGCCAGUGGCCUCCACCUCAGCAGCGGCAGCAGCAGCACGCGCUGCCGAGGCGGCAGCUGCAGCAACAACAACAAAUGCAAUCGGAUCUGCGAAUUCAGCGAGCGAGGUCGAGGUCGAGGAUGUGGCCAGGACGAUAAAGCGCGAACUGAUCGAUGCCGAUGACUCGAAUGAGCCGUUGAGCAGCAUACGUACAGCAGCUUCAAUGCAGAGCAAGCAGCAGCCUCAGGACUUGAUGGACGACGAUGAGGCCGAGGACGAUGUUAACCUGGCACAGCUCAGCAGCAUUAUAAAGCACACAGCCGUCAAGAAGGAGCUGCAGGCGCAACAGCAACAGCAGCAGAAGAGGCAAAGGCAGGAGGAGAAACAACAGCUGGAGAGCCAAACACGAUGCUUCAAUCAGAUGCCCGAUGUCAUUCGUCUGCACAAUAAGCAACUGCACAUUGAUGCUGGGGAUUUGGAUGCGACGGCAUCCCUGCCAACGGAGGACGACUGCGAAGCCUAUGACUAUAUGGGCGGACUGUCGCCAACAUCUAGCCAACGCCUGGACAUCUGCAAUGAGCUGCUGUCGGAGAUCAGACGCGACUGGCUGCACUUUCGGCCAAAGACGCCCACGGACGAGUUGUCGGACAGCAAUCACGAGGACGAGGUCAAUGGCAAGCUCUGCGAUGCUGCGGUAGUCGACUGGACACAGGACACGCCCAUUAGCAUCGAGCUGAGCCUGUUGGGCAAAUGCAGUGACGACGACGAUCCCGCCAGCGAAGCCCACUUCAUGAGCACCGCCUUCAAGUACACGGAUCUCGACCCGGAUGCUCAGCUGCUGCAAACCGCCUACGCGCUGGACUAUGCGCGCGACAGCAAUCGAAGUCCUGAUCACACAAACGGCGACUGCUCCGACACUGGUUCGGGCUUGGGCUCGGGUUCAGGUGAAGGCUCUGCGCUGGAGUUCAAUCUCAGCGGCGGCGAUUCGCUCAACGACAUUAAUCUCUUGGGUGACGAUCUGGUCAACAAUAUUCUGCACGAGUGCAGCAUGGAUGAUCCCAAGAAUCAGGCCGCCAACUUCUGGAACAUCCUUGAUGGCGAGGCGGUUGUCGAUGAUGUCGAUGAUGACUGCAAGACAACCACCGCCUCCGAACUGAAGCGUACGGCACGCCAUCGUGCGCACCAUCGCGGCCCAUCCGCUCCCCUCGGUAGCUCCAGCUUCAGAACAGCCGAUGUGCCGUCCUCCUUCUUUUGUCAAGCACCACCCGUCAAGGAGGAGCCGCCGCCGUCGUCGGAGGCAUUGCCAGAAGCCGCACCACCAGAGCACACGCAACCCAUCAAGGUGGAACCGGCGGAGGGCAUAAGCACACCCUCGAUCGUAUUGCCACAUUCAGCAGAAAUCAGCCUAUCGACAUCCUCGCCCGCCAACGCAAUGCCGGUUGGAGCAUCAGCUCCUGCUGUGCCAGUGCCAGCACCACAGCUGGUGCCAGCCACACCAACUGCAGCGCCGCUGAUUGCAACCAGCACAGCCGCCACCCAUCUGCUCAACAUACCCGCCCAAAUCACAACGCAGCAGCAACAGCAUCAACAACAACAGCAACAGCAACAGUUGCCGCAGCAAUCGAAGCCUGCCCAGGUGGCUGUGACACAGCAGCUGCUCAAUCAGUUUGCCGCCAGCGCGACGCCAGCUGCCACCCAGCUGAUUGCGAGGACAGAGUUUGUGAGCAGUGGMACGGCCGUUGGGGAUAUUGUGACCAUAACGCCGCAUACGGGCAGCAGUCCGCUGCCGGCGUUGACACCGCAGCAGCAGCAGCUGCAGCAUCAGCUGGCGCAGGCGCAGCUGCGCAAUGUCACGGUGCAGCAGAGACAGGCGACACCCCAGCACCAACAGCAGCAACAGCAGCAAGUGCAGCAGGUGCAGCAGCAACAACAACAACAGCCGCAACAGUUUCUGCUGCAGAUGCAGCGUGAUAUUGGUGGCUCAGCAGCUGUGAUCUCCUCGCAGAGCAUUGUGACGUCACGCAGCGGCAACCACAUGAUCUAUACGACAAACAGCGGCGAGAUCAUGACCGCGGCAGGCCAGGUGGGCGCCCAGAAGGUGACAUAUGCCAUACAGAAGAGCGCCGGUGGCAGCAGCGCCUCCAUUGGGCCCAACACGGUCAUCACGCUGUCCAACGUCAAGCUGCAGAACGACGACAACUCGGCAUCCGCCUCGCAGCCAUCGAGUGUCAACAUCAUCAACACCGCCAGCGGGCAUGAAGAACUGCAGUUCCCUGAAUCGCCCGAGAAUGUCCUUCAUCGCUUUGUUCAUGUUGGUCUUCAGGACAUCGACUUCUGCCGGAGCAGUCUGCUGCAGAUGCUCGAGCACCUUUUUCAUGUAGUCCUUGAGGUAGAGCGUGAAGGACUUCUUGUCGGUAAAGGCAAACGACUCCUGCAGUCGAUGAUUCAAUACCACGUCGACGCCGCUUUCGACAGACGCAUCGGCGCCCUCGUCCUCCUCCUCAGCCGAUGGAUUGGCACCGGCCAGCACGAUGUUGUCCUGAUUGCGUUUGCAGAUAUUAACAAACUGCUGCUGAACCGGAAGUUCUCGCAGCGUAAGGUGGGGCAGCAGCAAGUGACGCAGCAGCAGUUCCAGUUAACGAAGCAGCAGCUGCAGCAGCUGGUGCAGCAAGAGGAUGAGCUGGUGGCUAGCGGAGCUGGCGAGCAGCUGACAUUGCAGGACGGCAGCGAUCCACUGCAGCAGCAACAGCAGCAACAUCUGCAGCAGCAGCAACAACAACAGCAACAUCAGAACCUACAGAAAUUCAGCAAGGUGAUCAAAAUGUCGCCGUUCCCGCUGAUUGUGUCGGACCUCAAUCUGCAGCAGCAAACGAAUCAGCAGCAGCAGCAGCAGAAGCCCAAUUCAGCAGCGGCCAUUGCGGCGAAUCACAACUACAGCCUGCAGCCGGCCACAGCCAUAAUCACCUCCCAGGCAGGACCGCAGCAGGCCAACAAAAUCUUCCUAACCAGCAAUAGCAGCGGUGGCAGCGGCGGCAAUUUCAUCGCCACGGCCAGCGAGCUGCAGGCGGCGGUGGCUGCCAGCAACGCGGGCCAGCAGAAGCUCCACUACAAGGAGCUGCCCAAUGCCAAUGUCAAGCUGAAUUUUGUGAGCACCGCCACAACGGGCAAUGCGGCCGACGCACUGGUGACCCAGGCGUCGCAGCAGCUGGGCGCCACCACAGUGGUGCUGAAUAAGACAGGCUCACCGCUGCCCACCGCCAUUCAGCAGCAGCAGUUGCAGCAGCACCAGAAGCUCAAGACGGGCGGGACGCAGGUGCAGGUGCCGGUCUCGGCUGGGGAUAAGCGCGUGCUCUACACGAGCCUGCUGAAUGUGAAGCCGUUGCAGAAGAACAACAGCGGCCAGAUGCAGAUGCAGCUCGGUGCCGCCGGACUGCAGCAGGUGUUGCGUGGACGGCUGAACAACUCGGCGAUAUUGACGCGAACCCUGCCGCUGGGCACCACGGUGAACAGCACGGGCGGCGGCGGUGGCGGUGGCAGCGGAGGAGGAGGUGGCGUUGGAGGCACUCCGACCACCAUACGCCAGCUGGUCAGCAGCAAUGUCACGAACAAUGUGGGAGCAGCAGCAGCAGYGGCAGCGGAUACCAUUGGCAAGGAGGUGGGCAAGGUGCAUGUGACUGUGGAGCAGGUGAUUGCCAGUGCCAACAAUGGCGGCGUUGUGUUGCCUACCACCACCAAUAAUAACAACAACAAUAACAACAACAACAGUAAUAGUAACAACAACAACACUGCAAAUAGCAGCAGCAAUAACAACAACAAUGGCAGCGGCACAGGCGGAGGCGGCAUGAAUGCAACAACGAGCAAUGUGAACGCAACUCCGACGAUAAACAGAUGAGACGCGGACGGCAGCUAACAUCCAAUGACACGUGGAGGCUGUUGCACGCUUAAUCUGCCCAGCGGCACCUCGCUCAGCCUGGCGCCAUCGGCAGCGGCACCGCGGUCCAGUCCGCUGAUGGUGGCCCUGGGUCAGUUGCUGCAGCCGGCGCAGUGCUGCUGUGCCCUCUGCCUGGUGAAGCUGGGCAAGCAGACGUCUGCUUAGAGGAGCAGCGGCUGCUGGUGUUGCUGCUGCUGCAAUUACUAUAUAUUACUAUAUAUAUAUAUAUACAUAGAUAUUGCAUAUAUCAAGCAGAAACCUACAAAUAUUCAAUGUGAAUUAUUGCAAAUUGUGAGACCCUCCGCCAGCCCCCAAGAGUGGAUAAUUGUAAAAUAAAUUGGAAAUGGAUUGGUAUCGGUUCGGAUCGUAGGAGGGAUCUCAGUGGAGAGAGUGGAGAGUGGAAAGUGGAGUGGAGUGGGGCUGGGCGUUAUGAUUUAUGUAACUCUUAUGAUUAUUAUGUAAUAUGUAACUUGUUUUCGGAUAGUUGCUUGCACUUGCAUACAUACAAAACUAAACUAAACGAAACGAAAUGAAACGAAGAGAUGAAGUGU